CUCUGCUCCGCCCCAUCCUUUUUUUCAGUUAUAUCUAGCCCCGCCCCCUUCGUUCUCGGUGCUGCCAAGCCCGCCCGCAUUAGCGGUGCGUUCCGCCUUCUUAGCACCUCGGCCCGCCCCUGUUUUCAGAAAGACCCAAUCGGUGUGUUUCAUUUGCCGCCCCGCCCCAUUCAGCUGGGCCGGGUUAGUGUCUCAGCCCUUCUCUCUCUCCGCUUCAACUCCGCCCCAUCCCCCUCCAGGCCAAUCACUUUCGUUGCUACGCUAUUUAGGCCCCGCCCCUCCAUUUAUAGUUUUCCCCAACCAAUCACGUCUGUCGUCCCCCUGAGUCCCCGCCCACCAAGGACCCGCCCCUCCAGCCCCGCCCCCCGUCCAAUGCUGAGCUCAGUCUGCGUCUCGUCCUUCCGCGGGCGCCAGGGGGCCGGCAAGCAGCAGUCCGCACAACCGCCGCAGCCUCCCGACUCCCCUCCGCCGCCGCUGCCUGCGCAGACCGGCCCCGCCGCGUCCCCGGCGCGCCCCGGCAUCCCGCGGCCCGGGGACCGGCGCGCCGAGCCAUGCCCCGGGCUGCCGGCGGCGGCCAUGGGGCGGCGAAGCGGCGGCGGUGGCGACAGCGGCAAGAUCGUGAUCAACGUGGGCGGCGUGCGCCAUGAGACGUACCGCUCGACGCUGCGCACCCUCCCGGGGACGCGGCUGGCCUGCCUGACGGAGCCCGAGGCGGCGGCGCGCUUCGACUACGACCCCGGCACCGACGAGUUCUUCUUCGAUCGGCACCCGGGCGUCUUCGCCUACGUACUCAACUACUACCGCACCGGCAAGCUGCACUGCCCGUCCGACGUGUGCGGGCCGCUGUUCGAGGAGGAGCUCGGCUUCUGGGGCAUCGACGAGACCGACGUGGAGGCCUGCUGCUGGAUGACCUACCGGCAGCACCGCGAUGCCGAGGAGGCGCUCGACUCCUUCGAGGCGCCCGACUCCGCGGGCGGCGCCAACGCUGCCAACGCCGCGGGCGCCCACGACGCGGGCCUGGACGACGAGGCGGGCGUGGGCGGCGGCGGCCUGGACGGCGCGGGCGGCGAACUCAAGCGCCUCUGCUUCCAGGAAGCGGGCGGCGGCGCCGGGGGACCGCCAGGGGGCGCGGGCGGCGCAGGCGGCACGUGGUGGCGCCGCUGGCAACCUCGCGUGUGGGCGCUCUUCGAGGACCCCUACUCGUCGCGGGCAGCCAGGUAUGUGGCCUUCGCCUCCCUCUUCUUCAUCCUCAUCUCCAUCACCACCUUUUGCCUGGAGACCCACGAGGGCUUCAUCCACAUUAUCAACAAGACGGUGACGCAGGCCUCCCCGAUCCCUGGGGCCCCCCCGGAGAACAUCACCAACAUCGAGGUGGAGACGGAGCCCUUCCUGACCUACGUGGAGGGCGUGUGCGUGGUCUGGUUCACCUUCGAGUUCCUCAUGCGCAUCACCUUCUGCCCGGACAAGGUGGAAUUUCUCAAGAGCAGCCUCAACAUCAUCGACUGCGUGGCCAUCCUGCCCUUCUAUCUCGAGGUGGGCCUGUCGGGCCUCAGCUCCAAGGCCGCCAAGGACGUGCUGGGCUUCCUGCGGGUCGUCCGCUUCGUGCGCAUCCUGCGCAUCUUCAAGCUCACGCGGCACUUCGUGGGGCUGCGCGUGCUGGGCCACACGCUGCGCGCCAGCACCAACGAGUUCCUGCUGCUCAUCAUCUUCCUGGCGCUGGGCGUGCUCAUCUUCGCCACCAUGAUCUACUACGCCGAGCGCAUUGGCGCCGACCCGGAUGACAUCCUGGGCUCCAACCACACCUACUUCAAGAACAUCCCCAUCGGCUUCUGGUGGGCCGUGGUUACCAUGACAACCCUGGGCUACGGAGACAUGUACCCCAAGACGUGGUCGGGGAUGCUGGUCGGGGCGCUGUGUGCCCUGGCGGGGGUGCUCACCAUCGCCAUGCCCGUGCCCGUCAUUGUCAACAACUUUGGCAUGUACUACUCGCUGGCCAUGGCCAAGCAGAAGCUGCCCAAGAAGAAGAAUAAACAUAUCCCCCGGCCCCCGCUGCCCGGCUCCCCCAAUUACUGCAAGCCCGACCCGCCAUUGCCGCCCCUGCCUCCCCCUCACCAUGGCAGUGGUGGUAUCAGCCCCCCGCCUCCCAUCACCCCGCCCUCCAUGGGGAUGACGAUGGCCGGGGCCUACCCUCCGGGGCCCCACUCGCACCCCGGGCUGCUCAGGGGGGGAGCGGGUGGGCUCGGGAUCAUGGGGCUGCCCCCUCUGCCAGCCCCUGGGGAGCCCUGCCCGUUGGCUCAGGAGGAAGUGAUUGAGAUCAACCGGGCAGAUCCCCGCCCCAACGGGGACCCAGCAGCAGCUGCGCUCGCCCAUGAGGACUGCCCAGCCAUCGACCAGCCCGCCAUGUCCCCGGAAGACAAGAGCCCCAUCACCCCUGGGAGCCGGGGCCGCUACAGCCGGGACCGAGCCUGCUUCCUGCUCACGGACUACGCCCCUUCCCCUGAUGGCUCCAUCCGGAAAGGUUACGAGAAAUCCCGCAGCCUGAGCAGCAUCGCGGGCCUGAGCGGGGUGUCCCUGCGCCUCGCGCCCCUAGCCACUCCCCCCGGCUCUCCCAGGGCCGCCCGCCGCGCUCCCCCAACCUUGCCCUCCAUCCUCUAGCGCUCCCCUCCCCCCUGUGGGGGGACUCGGGGGUGACAGGGAAGACGGUCAGAGGAGCUGGGGGUGGGGGAAAGGGUUUUUUAAAAAAAUCAAAAGUCAUUAUAAUAUGCAACGGAGACGACCACGCCAGCAGACACCCCCGGGCCCCUCACCCCCACCUGGGCCCCAGGAUAGAGGGGGAGGGGCCAAAGCCCACGCCCUCCAACUCUCCCCCACCCAAAUAAAGCCUUCUCAGGUCUCCAUGAGCCAUAGGACACCCUCUCCCAUCCACUCGUGUAAAUACGUCCAAAUUAUGCCAAUCACAUUGGGGGCACCUCCCCCUACUGUGCAUGCUCCAACCUGGACUCCUCCCCCCAACUCCACCUCAGCAAUAAGCGCCAGGGGCUGCAUGCCACGCGGUUGAGGGCAGGGGCAUUCUGGGAGGGGGCGGACCUCGAGGGGGGUCGGGUGGGGCUGCAGGAGGGUCUCCUAGCCUCUUACCCUUCCCCGCUGGAGGGCAGCCCAUCAUCAUGCAUUGAUUAAAAAAAAAAAAAAUUAGCGACAAUACGGGGGAAGGAGGAACAGUUACCCAGCCCCAAACCCCAGCUGAGCUCAGAUAGUAGAAGCGGGGCGCUGCGGCCAGCUGCUCCCUCAGCCUUUAGGAGGAUCCCUCUGGUGAAUUGCACCCUGUCAUCCCCACCCCCACCCCCAAGGGAUCUGCUCGCCUCUGUUCUUGCUGCAUGGACUCAGGCCUCCCGCCCCGGACUCCUGGGAUGUCUGGCCCUAGCACACGAAAUUCCCGGGCGCCCCUCCGGGUCCCCAGGACAUGAGCCCUGCACCCAGAAUUCCUGGCACCCCGCAUCUUCCAAACGCCCACGCACCCCUGGAACUUAACCCCUGCACACAGAUGCUGCCCCAACCAAGCCCCGCCGCCAGCCACUCCCUGGAGUGCAUCCCGGCGCCCCAGGCCUCCAAGGGGCGCCCCAGCCUGCAGCUCACUCUCAGCCUUUGGGAUGCUCCAGAACCUUCUCCGACACCCCAAAUCCUCAGGCCUCCACUCCACCAGACACCCCCAGAUCUCUGCCACCAGACAUCCACCUCAGGUUCCCCUGCCGCUAGGAUUUCCAAGACGGGCCCGGCCUGUCUGCAAUUCCAGGGAACCUGAUCUUUGCAGGGCACCCCGUUUCUUAGGCCCAAUCCCACCCCCCAACAUGUCUUCCCUUGAAUGGUACCCCCUUCACGGACACCAGUGCUUCCCAGAGGGUCGUGUUCGUGCCCCUGACGUGUUGAGGUCCAGGCAGUGCGAGGACAGACACCCGGGAGCUGUGUCUUCCCCGAGAGGGUCUGCCCUUUGGGGCGCUUGGCUCACAGGCCAGUAAGUCCAGGUUGUGCUGCGCGGCCGGCCCGGACGCCGUUUGUUUAGGUUGAGUGUCUCCAUCCAGAGGCUGUGCCGGACGGACGGACACUGGGACAUCGAGGCUUAGGAAACAACCUAUCCACCUGGGCGGGGACCCCAGCCAGUCGACCCCCGCGAUCCCCGCCCCGCCCCGCCCGCGGGUGGAAAAUCACUCCUCACACCCCAUCCUGGCUCAAGGAUGCGCUACCUCCCCCACGCCUGGAGGCCACACCGGUCCCAGAAUCCUUAGAGAACCCCCCUUUCGGAGCUGGGGGCCCGCAGAAUUAGCAACCUUCCUCCCUGUGCUCCCACAGCCUCAGGAACCCCACCCGAGGGUUGGGGGGGUGUCACUGAGCACGAUUCUUGAUGCAACGAUUCCUAUGCAAGGGGCACUUUGAGUCCCCCCCAUCCUUCCCUCGGACCCCAAACCCUGGCGAAUCUGGGGUGAGGGGUGGGGCAGGUUCUGCGGGGAGCGGGGCGGGGCAAAGGGCUAGGGGCCCCAGACACCAGGGUACGGGGGUGGGGACUGAUUAUAUUGCCAAAGGGUUUAACUUCUUAAAAAAAAAAAAAAGUCCCCCCCCCCAUUCCCGAUCCUCACGGAAGACGAACGGUGCGGGGGGAGGGGGCGAGGGUCUUUUCCGAAGGGUACAGACCUCUUCCCUCCGUCUCCCCCCUGCUCGCCAACCUGCCACACGUACCCAGCUUUUUAGUUCAGCUUUUAAAAAUAACUACGAUCAUGACAAGCCUCUACAAACACGUGAUUCUCAUCCCCCAAGUCAAUAAA